AUGAGGAUGGAGAUGAGGAACAGGGGUGAGGAUGAGAAUGGGGAUGGGGAUGAGAAUGGGGAUGGAAUGAGGAGUGAGGAUGAUGUUGGGGCUCGGGAUGAAGAUAAGGAUGGCACUGCCUACACUGCUGAAACCACCGACUACGACGUGCGGGUGCUCCUGAGGUUCCCUCAGCGCGUGAAGAACCAGGGCACAGCUGACUUCCUGCCCAGCCGGCCCCGGCACAGCUGGGAAUGGCACAGCUGCCACCAGCACUACCACAGCAUGGAUGAGUUCAGCCACUACGACCUGCUGGAUGCCACCACGGGGAGGAAGGUGGCUGAGGGCCACAAGGCCAGCUUCUGCCUGGAGGACACUACCUGUGACUUUGGCAACCUGAAGCGUUAUGCCUGCACAGCCCACACCCAGGGCUUGAGCCCGGGCUGCUACGACACCUACAACGCCGACAUCGACUGCCAGUGGAUCGAUAUAACUGAUGUGCAGCCAGGGAAUUAUGUUCUAAAGGUUCAGGUGAACCCCAAAUACAUCGUCCUGGAGUCAGACUUCACCAACAACGUGGUGAGGUGCAACAUUCAUUACACUGGGCGCUACGUCUCCACAACAAACUGCAGGAUUUCCCAGUAA